AUGGCAGAGUACGACCCAAGGAAGCCAACAUCUCUGCCAUCCUUGAAUACCCUGCCCCACUACUGGAAGGGCUUGUCACAGGCUUCCGCCAAGGAACUAAUAGUGAUGGCCACUGGCACCACCGACAUGCUUAAGACACAGACAUACUGUGACCCGCUGACACAGCACCCCCACAGUAAGACACAGACAUACUGUGACCCGCUGACACAGCACCCCCACAGUAAGACACAGACAUACUGUGACCCGCUGACACAGCACCCCCACAGUAAGACACAGACAUACUGUGACCCGCUGACACAGCACCCCCACAUAAAGACACAGACAUACUGUGACCCGCUGACACAGCACCCUAACGGCAAGACCCGAACAUGCUGUAACCCGCUGACACAGCACCCCCACAUAAGACAGACAUACUGUGACCCGCUGACACACCAUUUGCACAGCCAGAUCGACGGGGGCACAGAAAAGCUGGCGGCAGUCCCAGGGAUGCACUUGACUGCCGGGGAUGGUAAAUGGUGCCACUCCUUUGAUGGUGGAAGGCAACACCAGUACCCCGACACUGCCACCAGCACGCCGCACACCACUGUGAAAUUCACCCCCGGGGCAACACCAGUACACCGACACUGCCACCAGCACGCCGCACACCACUGGUCACCCCCGGGGCAACACCAGUACCCCGACACUGCCACCAGCACGCCGCACACCACUGGUCACCCCCGGGGCAACACCAGUACCCCGACACUGCCACCAGCACGCCGCACACCACUGGUCACCCCCGGGGCAACACAAGUACCCCGACACUGCCACCAGCACGCCGCACACCACUGGUCACCCCCGGGGCAACACCAGUACCCCGACACUGCCACCAGCACGCCGCACACCACUGGUCACCCCCGGGGCAACACCAGUACCCCGACACUGCCACCAGCACGCCGCACACCAGUGGUCACCCCCGGGGCAACACCAGUACCCCGACACUGCCACCAGCACGCCGCACACCACUGGUCACCCCCGGGGCAACACCAGUACCCCGACACUGCCACCAGCACGCCGCACACCACUGGUCACCCCCGGGGCAACACCAGUACCCCGACACCGCCACCAGCAUGCCUCGCUUCAAGGCUUCAUUAA